CCAAGCCAUCCAUAGGUGGUGUCUAGCACUGUCUUUACCCUCGAAAGUGGCAAAGCGUUGAAGUGACGGCCAUGAUCCAUCUCCGAGCUGUCUCACGACUUUUACCGCCUCACCGGUCGUCAGUUGCCAUGGUUCACGAAUUCCCCACAACGCGAGGCUGAGACGUGCCACUGUUCUGACUGUGCCACUCCGCAUGGACCCCUCAGGGCUGGUCGCUUACGGCCAUUCCAAGGUUCCAGGUUAUUCAUGGACAGCCAUCCUGACUCCACUAUCCGAUGUGAUUGCCAGGGUCUUCAGGUUGAGGGGAAGCCUGGGAGCCGUGAUGACUUGCUCUGCAGUCAGAAUAUCUGUGUAGCCGUCCACCAUGAGGAGAUGCCUCCGCAUCCGUCCGGAGCAUGAGGGAGCGCUUCCUUCACCGCCGUUGACCUCCCCUACCCACUACGGCCCCGCUUGGACAAAUUAGUGUCGCAAUGAAAAAUCCCAAACAAUAUCAGAUGAGACAAGCUGUUUGAGACAAUCAUGUAUAAACCCAUCUGUAGCCUAUAUUAGAUGAAUCAACCUCCUCCUGAG